AGCAUCUUCCACCUCUCAACAUCGAGUGAUUGUCGCGGGUGGGCAGCGAAAACGGCGCCGUGCGUUUAGGAGGGAGGGUAGGGUGUAUGUGAGGAGGAGGAGGAUGGGAGGUCAGGGAUUAUGAAGAACCAAGAACACUGCUGUGACACUUGAAACUCAUCUUCUUGGAAAGAAAGAAGUCACUGAAGUAGCAUGAUGGAUAACCGUUUUGCCACUGCUCUGGUAAUCGCUUGUGUGCUCAGCCUUAUCUCCACCAUCUACAUGGCAGCCUCAAUUGGCACAGACUUCUGGUAUGAGUAUCGCAACCCAUCACCUCCAGAAAAUAAUAGUGAACCUAACAAGGCCUCCUGGGAAGAAUUCAUCUCUGAAGAUGCAGAUGAAAAGACAUACAUGGAUGCACUCUUUCAGUGGAAUGGCACCAUUGGGCUGUGGCGCAGGUGCAUCACAACAACUGAAAACUCUUAUUGGUACAAUUCUCCAGGUGAGACAGUGACGAAGUGCAUCAGUUUUUCCCUUUCAGACCAGUUUAUGGAAAAAUAUAAGGAACCUGGGAAUCACAACAGUGGCAGCGACCUGAACCGUACCUACUUAUGGCGUUUGCAGUUCCUCCUGCCCUUUGUCAGCCUCGGCCUGAUGUGUUUUGGGGCUCUUAUUGGGCUCUGUGCUUGUGCCUGCCGCAGUCUGUACCCUGCUAUUGCCACAGGAGUCCUCCACUUCUUAGCAGGUCUGUGCACACUGGGUUCCGUCUGCUGCUACGUUGCUGGGAUUGAGCUGCUCCAUCAGAAACUGCCCCCUCCCGAGGGUGUGCAGGGCCAGUUUGGCUGGUCCUUCUGUCUUGCCUGUGUCUCCGCCCCUUUGCAGUUCAUGGCUGCCGCCCUCUUCAUCUGGGCUGCACGUACUAACAGGAAGGAAUUCACACUCUUAAAAGCAUACCGAGUGGCAUAACAGGAUACUUUUCAUUGCUGUUCAUGCCAUGUUUGAUUCUCCACGCGCGCCCCCCGCCCCCCGCCAACUUCCUUUUAAUUAGUCAGGUAUCUGUUCUACAGAGUGUGCGUUUCUUGCCAAUGGAAAUUAAAAGGUCUACAAGUGUUCAAGUUAAAAGACUUUUGGAGGCCAAAUGACCAGGAAUAGCUUUUUCUUGCCAGAUGUCAGAAGGAUUUUAACAAGCCUUUAAGCUGAAAAAAAAACCCUAUAAUUUUGAACUGUCUUACCUCAAGGUACUGUUUUUUUCCCCCACAUCUAAGGAAAUUCAGAGAGCAGCAUAAGAAAAGGAGAAAGAAAAUGUGAUCAUGUGAACUUUGGCAGUAUAUGUAUUGUGACCCAUUAGGAGAUGAAUCAGUUAAGCUUUUUUCAUAGAUUCAGUUACUGUGGUAUUUCCAUAUAGUUUAUAACAUUGUUUUAUUUUCCCUUGUAUACCAUAUUCCUUACCACCUGGACCAUCCUGGUUUGUUUCAAAAAGGCCACUAACCAGCCGUCAGCUUCUCAAUUCCUGCAAACUGAUGUCAGGGUUGUUUUUCUACGAAUAGAAGGAAUACCCACUUCAUUGUUUAAUUUCCAAUUUGAUUACUCUAUGUAUAUACAUAUAUAUAUAUAUAUAUAAAUCCAACUUUUAAAACCCUUAUUUAUUUAUGCAGUGCACUACAUGACUGAAUUUUUUGUAUAAUUAUUAUGCUUUUGUCCCCUGGAUUAAAACGUUUGUUAAAAAAUAAACCAUGACUUUUA